AUGAUAACCAUCCCUGAUAAUCUGUGCACAGUUGUAUUUACGUUACAGGAGUUAAUAUCCAAAAUUUACCCAGAUAUUGCUCAUAUUCACGAUAAGCCAAUGGAAUGGUUGUGUGAACGUGCCAUACUAACCCCCAAAAACGACCAGGCAGCGGCAAUUAACGAUAUACUGUUACCGUCUUUGGAGGGGGAAGAAAUGGUGUACACGUCAAUAGACUUUGUGGUUAACACAGAUGACGCAAUUAACCACCCUGUCGAAUUUCUUAAUUCACUGAAACCAUCGGGUCUUCCACAUUAUAACCUUAUUCCGCGCGUGGGCACUUCUGUUAUGUUGUUGCGAAAUUUAAAACCUCCUCAACUGUGCAACGGAACCAGCCUAAAUGUAAAAGCGUUACAUCGCAAUGUAGUGGAAGCCCCAAUUAUAACUGGAUUUGAGCAAGGAGAAACUGUAUUUGUACCAAGAAUUCCCUUCAUCCCGAAUAAUCUUCCCUUUGAAUUCAAACGAAUAGAGUUUCCCCUCAAGGUCUGUUUUACAAUUACCAUCAACAAAUCACAAGGGCAGACAUUAAAAAUUGCGGGUGUAGACUUAAGAGAAAAUUGUUUUUCACACGGCCAAUUCUAUGUGACUUGCUCACGUGUAAGCUCGCCCAGUAGUCUGAUAAUUUUGGCACGCAGUGGUAGAUUAGCAAAAAAUGUGGUGUAUAAAGAAGUUUUGUAG